CAGGUUCGCUUCCUCGCUGCCCCGCCCCCUACCGCCCCGGUCGGGGGCGGGGCGAGAAGGGCGCAGGCGCCGUGAGUGCUCCGGGGCUGUUUCCGUGGGAACGGCCUCGGGCGCCCGCAGCCGGACCCUGACCGCUGCACGCUGGCUUCCGAGCCGAGGGUUCGCCCAGGGGUCGGCCUCCACCUCCAGUUCCAGAGGAUGAGAGUGAAAGAAUCAACAAUGAUGAGAGAGAAUCAUCCUUCAGCUGCCACCUGCAUGCCCUCUACUGGGGAUCGAGGCCGAAACCCAGGCCUGGAACCAUGACCUCCUGGUUCAUGGGUCGACAUUCAACCACUGAGCCACACUGGCUAGGAAGUCAUUAUGUGACUAACACAUUUUCAGAUUUCCUCUCAUUUACCCUGAAGUGUAUAUGAGAAUGACGUGCACUGCCAAGAAAUGUGGAAUUAGGUUUCAGCCUCCAGCUAUUAUCCUAAUCUAUGAGAAUGAAAUGAAAGGGAAAAGUCGCCAGCGCAUCAUGCCUGUCCGAAACUUUUCAAAGUUUUCAGAUUGCAACAGAGCUGCUGAACAAUUAAAGAAUAACCCACGACACAAGAGUUACCUGGAACAAGUGUCACUGAGGCAGCUAAAGAAAUUAUUCUGUUUUUAACGAGGUUACUUACGGGGGCAGAGUUUGGCGGAAACAAUGGAACAAAUUUCACAGAAAACAACCAUGGAACCUUGGGAAGAAUGGAACAAACUUGACAAGGAACUUGCCAAAAGGAAGAGCAUCAUGGAUGAACUUUUUGAGAAAAAUCAGAAGAAGAAGGAUGAUCCAAAUUUUGUUUAUGACAUAGAAGUUGAAUUCCCACAGGAUGAACAACUGCAGUCCUGUGGCUGGGACACAGAGUCAGCUGACGAGUUCUGAUAUCAAAAAAAUGUAUUGGGCUAGCAGAAACUCCAUGUUUAAACAGAGAAUGUGGAUUAGUCCUAGAAAAAUCUGUAAAGAACACUAAAUGUACACGUCGGAUCAGAUUUGGAUUGACCGUGUUACUUUUCAAAAACAGGACAUGUAGAGCAUCUACUCUGUAGGUGCAUUGACCCAUACACAAAAAAGGCUGCAGGUUUGAUUCCUGGUCAGGGCACAUACUUAGGUUGCUGGUUUGAUCCCCGAUUGGGGCACAUACAGGAGGCAACUGAUUGAUGUUAGAGUCUCUCUCACAUCGAUGUUUCUCUCCUCUCCUCUCUCUAAACAUAUCCUUGGAUAAGGAUUUAAAAAAAUUUUUUUUCAUUGAGGCACAGUAAGCAAAUUAUAGUUUGAUAAGAUUGGAGGGCAUAUAUAGAUACUAGCGGAUUAUCCUGUAUGCAUUAUGUCUUUACAUAUAUUUAACUCUGUUUCAUAAGUAUUUAAUUCUAGAGUAUUAGAGUGCCCCUGCACAAUGCCCUGCAGCUGCAAGUGCAUGUCAUCUGAUGGACUGCAGGAGAAUUCUGCCCUUCCGGUAUCAGGAAAUAUACACCAAAGACAUUCUGAAACCCUGAACCUUUUCCCAUAAAAAAGAGUUUUGUUUGUAAAAUGGGAACUGUACCCAUAAUAAAUGAACAGUAGGUACUGCAGUUUAGGCCUAUUUAUGAAUUUGGGUCUACAAAGAGGAGAUUUUUGUUGACAAGAUUAUAUAUAUACAGAUAAUAUUAUUUAAAUGGUAGAAAUCCUGUGUUUUCUGCAAGGAACUCAUUAAAUAAAACUGUAAAAAUCA